CAGCGCACACGCGCAGCGCGUUUAUUUGCUAAUUGCUACUAGUGUUCACAAGUGUAUCCAUCAUGGUGAAGUUCGAAGGAGACUUUAGUAUAAACGCUAUACUGAUGAACCACGCGGCGGCGAAACCACCGCCUUCGCCGACCGCCUCGUCAACAGCUACCCCAUCCGAAGCUGAUCUCAGUGAUUCGGAACUAGACGUCACGGGCACAGAACCCGUGGACUGCACCAAACCCAAAGAAGACGAAGAUAAGAAGGACAAAAAGCACGAGAAGCCAGCGUACAGCUACAACGCGCUCAUCAUGAUGGCGAUCCGCAACAGCCCGGAGAAGCGCCUCACACUCAACGGUAUCUACGAAUACAUCAUGACCAACUUCCCCUACUACCGCGAAAACAGGCAGGGCUGGCAGAAUUCCAUCCGCCAUAACUUGAGCUUGAACAAGUGUUUCGUGAAAGUGCCGCGACAUUACGACGAUCCGGGCAAAGGAAAUUACUGGAUGCUCGAUGCGUCGGCAGAGGACGUCUUCAUCGGCGGAACGACUGGCAAAUUACGCCGCAGAUCAGCACUAAACGGCCGCUCCAGGUUGGCCUGCUUCAAGCGACCAUUGUUCCCUGGAGCACCCCUGACUGGACCGUAUCCCCCUGCAACAUAUUCCCAACUGGUCGGGUUGUACUCCCAGCUGUUGUAUCAAAGGUAUGCGCCGAUGCAAAUGAAAACCCCGCCGGUAGCACCGAGCGCUGUGCACCCUGCUUUCAGAGAAAUGGGCUACAGCGGACUGCCCUAUUCCCCAGCCUUAUAUUCCCAGGAAAGGAUACAAGGUGCUCCGUUCUUUGGGCAAUCAUUAAUGCAGAGCUCUCAGCUAGGGCAGGCGGCAAUGCUUGCGCAAACCUCCCCCUUAUUGCCACCUUCGCCUCCAAUGAUGCACUCACCACCCACGUCCGGAGCCUCGAGCCCCGAGCUGCCGUCACCAUCUCACCAUCCUUUAACGCCGCACAUUUACAAGCCUGUGACAGUUCUAACGCGGCAGUGACUCGGUGCACAUUAAGUGACUUGGAAGUUAAUCUCUAAGAGGCUGACACUUACGAGUGGGAACGUUCAAUCUGUGAUUUAGUUUUAGUUAGUCUAAUAUAGUUUAAUACCAGUGUCGAGUAUAAGGGAUACUAAAGUUGGCUGUCCAUUAUAGAUGAGCGGAGAUGAAAAGGUGAGUUAGGAAAAGCUCAACCAAAAAGCUGGCUGUCCACCAGAGUUACUCACAUGUUCUUGGUUGAGUUUUUCCUAGCUCAUCAUUGGUAUCUCUCAUAAUAUCUCUGGUGGAAAGCUAACUUUGAGAAUUAAGUGGUUUUAAGUAAUCUCUUUGCAAUAUAGUAGUUAUAUUGUUGUUCCCUGUAGCAUUCCGCUAUUGUUUGUUGAUGUAAUAUUCUAUUAUUGUAAAUAUCUCCAAAGUUGUAUAUUUAUUGAA